CCGCCGGGAGCCGGAAGCGGGGUUGCGGGUCUCUCAUGCGAGCGGGUUGUCGGCGCUGCUCGGAUCGGAGACGCCUCGGGCCCGGUCCCGCCGCCGCCUCGUCCCCCCCGCUGCUGCCGCCGCCUCCUCGGCCCCCGGCCCCGCUCUCCACCCCCCUCUCUGGGAGCCGGCAGCAGCGCGGCCCGGCGGCGGCGGCGGCGGCGCGAGGCCCCGGCCCGGCUCCAGCGCGGACCCCGCGGCGGCUCCAGGCCCGGCCCGGCCUCAUCUCGACGGAGACUCGGGCGGCGGCGACCAGUGACAGCAUAAGGUGACCAAUAAAGUUCUCUCUAAGGAGCCAAAAAGCAGACGGCUCAUGACUUCUGAUCAGGACACUAAAGUUGUGGCUGAACCGCAGGUGCAGCAAGUACAAGAAGUUAAAGACAGUUCUCAUCUAGAGUCAGCCAAGGUUUCUGAGUUAAAUCCAAAUGCAAAGGUAUGGGGGAAUCACAUGUUACAUUUGGAAGCAAGUGGUGCCACUGACAGUAGUGUAAGCAAAACCUGGGAAGAAAUACCUGACCAACCUCCAGACUCCUGUAAAGAAGGAUUGGAUGUCAAUGGUGAUGGUGACAAAAAGCAUCAGAAUGCAGUACUGACAGAACUGCAGGAGCCAUCGCCAACUGUUCCGGCAUCAGACCAAACAGAUAUGAACCCUUUGGCUCUAGAUCAUUCAGAGUAUGAAUCUAUGCAUGAAACUUCCCAGACAGGAGGAAAUGAGCAAUUGCAGCCAGAAGGUCAGGAAGAUCUACGAGACCUGCUUAAGAAAACACUGGAAUUCUGCUUAUCUAGAGAGAAUCUGGCCAGUGACAUGUACCUUAUAUCACAGAUGGACAGCGAUCAGUAUGUGCCAAUAAUGACAGUAGCAAAUCUUGAUCAUGUCAAGAAACUCAGUACUGAUAUGGAUUUGAUUGUUGAAGUGCUGAGAUCAUUGCCUUUAGUCCAAGUGGACGAGAAGGGAGAAAAAGUCAGGCCAAAUCAGAAUCGCUGCAUCGUGAUUUUACGUGAAGUACCUGAAUCUACUCCCAUUGAAGAAGUGGAAGCACUCUUCAAGGGAGAUAACUUGCCUAAGUUUAUCAACUGUGAGUUUGCCUAUAAUGACAAUUGGUUUAUUACAUUUGAGUCGGAAGCUGAUGCGCAACAGGCUUACAGAUACCUUAGAGAAGAAGUGAAAACUUUCCAAGGAAAACCAAUUAAGGCAAGAAUAAAAGCAAAGGCAAUAGCUAUAAACACAUUUUUGCCAAAGAACGGAUAUAGACCUCUGGAUAUGAACCUCUACACACAACAGCGUUACACAACAUCCUUUUAUAUACCUCCAGUAUACAGUCCCCAACAGCAAUUUCCAUUGUACAGCUUAAUUACCCCACAGACUUGGUCAACUACGCACAGCUACCUGGAUCCAUCAUUGGUAGCACCAUUUCCAAAUACUGGAUUUAUCAAUGGGUUCACAUCUCCAGCCUUCAAGCCAGCUGCUUCUCCAUUGGCUUCACUCAGACAGUACCCUCCCAGAAACAGGAAUCCUAGCAAAUCGCAUAUAAGGCAUACAAUACCCAGUGCAGAAAGAGGACCUGGGCUUCUUGAUAGUCCUGCAAUAUUUAACUUUUCUGCUGAUCGUCUAAUAAAUGGUGUCAGAAGUCCGCAGACAAGGCAACCGGGGCAAAACAGGACACGAAUGCAAAAUGCUGCUACAAGUUAUACCAAGAGGGAUAUAGGAACUGGACGAAUGGAACAGACUAAUAUUGACUCGUCCCCUGGUUUGGGUAGGGGAAGGAAAAACUCAUACGGUUAUCGGAAGAAAAGGGAGGACAAGUUUACAAGAGGUCAAACACAGUCUCCGCCACCUCCAAAGCCUCCGUCUCCUAGUUUUGAACUGGGAUUGUCCAGCUUUCCUCCAUUACCUGGGGCUGCUGGCAAUUUAAAGACCGAAGACCUGUUUGAAAACAGACUCUCCAGUGUGAUAAUAGGAACAUCAAAAGAAAGAAGCCAGAUGCGGAAUUUGUGGGUUGGAAGUGACCCCCUGUCAUCCAAGUGCCUUAUGAAGAACUGGGAAAGCAAACUUGAACAGCUAAGGUUCAGGCUCAGGCUUCUUGGGACAGAGCCCACAGAAAGCUCCUUUCGGGAAGUAAGCAUUUCAGACUGCUGCAUAAACCUUAAUGUGGAUGCAAGUACAAACACUAUCCCAUCAGGAAUUCCUCGAGAGCCAUUGUUGCCAGUUUCUUCUGCUCCACCUGGGACACUUGAACGGUCUCCUUCCCCCUCCCAGUCUCCUGAUGACUCCAAGGUUGUGGAUAAGCAGCAGAGAGACACGCAGAACGUGGAAAGGCUUUCUACCACGCUCAGUACUGCAUGUAAAUCAGUACAAGUCAACGGGGCUGCCAUAGAAUUACGAAAACCUAGUUAUGCAGAGAUUUGCCAGAGAACUACUAAGGAUCCACCUGCAUUGCAACCCCAGAAAGAGCAGAAGCCAAACACUGUAGCCUGUGGGAAAGAUGACAGAAAGCCCACAGAAACAAUAGAGAAAACCAGGGAACCCCCUCCUGCAAAGUCAAAUCCUGGACAACCCAAAGACCAGCGGAGACAGUCAGGACGCCGAUCACCCCCUCCAGCCAUUGGCAAACGUUUAAAUAAAGAACAGAAUACCCCUCCAAAAUCUCCUCAGUGAAGCUGAUGCUUGGGAGGGUUGAAAAGAGGUCUGCUUCCCACAAAUUAAACCCAUGUUCCCACUCAGAGUACAGAGAAUGAGCUGCUGGUUAGGAGCUUGCAGUGGAAUUAGGCAUAUAAGAUGCCUGCAAGCUGGUUUUGGGUUUUUGGUUGGGUUGUUUGUUUGGGUUUUUUUUGUUUUGUUUUUUUCCCCCCCACCUCCUCUUUUCUGUGAAUUUCCCCCUGGAGCAAACGUUCACUUCCCUUCUCCCCCUUUCCUCCCCCCACCCCCUGAGAUAGUAAUCUAAACCUUACUUAGGUUGGUGCUUAACUGGAGUUGAGGCUUACUCUGAUUUUUUUUUUUUUUCCAAGAUGUAAAAUGUUUAUCUGAAAAAUCAACUUUUUUUAUUAAGCCUCUGAAGUGGCUGUGUAUACAAGCUCUAUAUAGUGAGUUUUUUUUUCUAAACUAUUAAGCAGAACUGUGCUGCUGCAAUUUUUUUUAAUCAACUGAUCUGCAAAUACAUAUCUCUAAAAUGUCCAAAAGACUGAUGGCAGCUAGUGUACAGAGUGCAAGAAAAAACAAGUACAUUUUACAAAAUAGUAUACUCUGACCUUGAGGAUUUUUUUUAUUGGGCUGCUGUAUCAAGUGUCAGCAAAUAAACCUGUAUUUUUUAGGUUGAACUAAUACAGUUGAUUCUAGCGUUUUUAAAAAAAUUAAUUUUUUUGGUGUUUUGAACAAAAAAAAUAACCAGAACUCCUGCACCGCAAAGGUUUUCUAAAAUAUUUAAGUUUUGAUAGACUGCAAGCAAGUAACCAGCUUCUCACUCCAGAAUGAAAUGAAUACUAUACAAGUUACAAAUACAAAGCACAUUGUGAAUAGAAGAGAAUGAAGGCCAUGAGCUUUAUAUAGUGGUGAAGCCUGCUAGUGGAUGUUAACACAAGAAAGCACAGUAGCCUUCUUGUGAUAACCAUAACUUGGCCCUGAGAGGGAGGAAGUGAAUAGUCACCACUGCACGUUCUGGUUACCCCUGUGCUCUGUGUAGACAUUUUAAAAUUCUGCCCCAAGUGCUCUUUGAAAGAGUUCACACCUCAGUCAGCCUAGAGUUGACGUCUUCCUGUAACUACAAGCAUUGGCAUAUGGAUUUAAAUUGUUCGAGCUGUGAGAUGAUGGGUGUUUGUUUUGUGCAGUGGAGGAAGAGGUCCCUGCUAUUUACCUCUGGGAUGAGGUUUCUCACACUUACUACUCUAGAAGUGAUGCGCUUUCUGAAGGACAAGGAUGCACUAAAUUAGCAAGUUUCUAAUAAGGUUGAAUAAAAAUUAUUUUUUUGUUUUAAAAUGCCUAAAGUUUUUCUUUAAGUGUUUAGCAGGCAGUUCAGACAAAACUCUUUCCUGCUAACUAUAACAGUUCAGUUUAUUCCACAAAAAUGUUUAUUUAAACAACUGAUUUUUUAAGAAUUAUUUCCAUCCAAUAUUUAAAGACUUGAAUUUUAUUUAAACUUGAAAAUGACUUUGCCUUAACUUUUGUACAAGACAGCUUAGAGUUAAUGAGGUCUGGCCCCGUUAAGGGUCAGCAUGAGUGGAAUACAGAAUUACUCAGUUACAGUAUGUCUCUAUUGUCACUGGUCUUACUGGGUAAACAUACUGUAGUACAGGAAAUAGCAGCAGUUUUUGUAAUAUACCUUAAAGAUCUUAAACAGUUGAUCUUUUUCAGAUUGUUGAAAAAUCUGUAAAUGCAAAUAGUCAAUACUGUAUUAAAUAUGUGCACUUGGAAGUGUGUGCUUUGCUUGUACAGUUGUAAAUAAUCAGAACAUAUAAAAAGGUACCCUAAAGAAAAAAAUCUGAUAAAAAUUAUUGAUAUUAUAAAUGUUGCUGUUGAGCUGGAUGUAGAUAAACUAAAUGUUGUGGUUUGAAUAUUACUUUAAUUUGUUGUUUUUUCUGUUUCUUUUUAUUUUAUUCUGGUGUGCUGAACUGACUCUGCCUCUUCACUGCAAAAGGGAAAUGGAAAGAAAAGUCUUAUUUAAAAGCCCUCAAUUGUUUUCAUAAGUCUCUCUCUAAAAGUGUGCAUUUUAACCAAUACAAAUGUGUUCUGUAACAUAAUGUAAAUACUAAAGUCUGGCAGGUGGGCAGUUGAACUCAAAUUUAUUAUUGGGUUGUUUAAAAUUAGGAUAGUAGUUCAGACUGCCACGGGAAAAUGGGCCCUGAAGCUUAUUUGACCAUGUCUCAAAAAUUUCAGAGCUUACCUAGAGAUACGAUAACUGUCUGUCACAGUUAUUUCCUGGCAGUUUUGAUGCGGUAUCUGCUGCUAGUUAAUUGACCUGUUAGAUGCGGCCUGCUGCAUGUUGCAGAAUUGGUUAAAAUGGGCAAGCUUGGCUCUCUUUGUUCUUCUGUUAAAAAGCACACUUUGAAUGCUGUGGGAGGAGAUAGGACUCUGAUAACAGCGAACAUCACCAAACUGCUAAGCCAGUUCUGUCAUUGGAUUUUAAUAUGCUUAUCCUUUCCCCAUUGGGCAGUGAAAAUGGCAGCUAGACUUGUAUGUGGUUUAGGCCAGCUGUAGGAUUCAUUUCGUUUGUCUGCUGAAAGUUGUAAAGCUUAACAGCUGCAAACAAUGAAAAAUGGUCCCUUACAGCAACAGUGUACAGCUAACCAUGAUAGCCAAAUGGUACAUGAGGCAAUAUAUUGAGACCAGCAGGAUGUGUUGUGCUGUUCUAAUGUACUCUGCUGCCAUUUGUACUAGGUCAAUACACUGUAAUUACUGCUUACCCAGCAACAGUCUGUUGCAUCAAAAGUUUAAACCUUGCUCUGAUGUGGUUUUGUAGCUUUUAGAAAUUAAAAAAAAAAAAAAAACCACGCCAAAUAGCUGUGUAAUAUACAGAAACUUAUCCUUAUUACAUUUACUUUGAGAUUUUUUUUCACUCAAUGACAAAAUGGAGCUUUCGGAGUAGAGAGUUGUGAUGUUGCAUGCAGACUGUUGCUAUGGUACAUAUAGAUAUUAAAAUGUGGCUUUUUAAAAGUUUAAAAGAGAAAAUCUUCCCCAAAAACAGCAUCUGAGUUCCAAGUUCAGAAGCACAGUAAUUAAAAUUGGCAUUUUAACUUGUAGGAUUGUGUGGUGGUGCUUUUCCUUUGGAAGUAUAAAAAAGUUACUACAGGAACUGAGACUGUUCCAGGAAUGCAUUUAAAACACAAAGGUUGCUUUUAAGACUUAACAUUAAUUUCAUUUCAGAGCUCUCCCCACCAUGACUUCAGUUUGUCACUUCGAAAUCUGUGAACCGUGGCAAAUGUUUUACGUUGCUGCAUUAUCUUUUGAAGACUUCAGCAGUUGGCAUAGAAAGGGCCCUAGUUUGUGAGCGUGAUGCAGUGUAUCACAAGCAACAGCUGACUGUAAUGGUGCAUACCUAUCUCUGUAUCUCCUUCAGCUAGCUAUGGUUAGGGAUUUUUAUGUGCUUUGUAACCUAUUACACUAAUAGCAGCAGACAAUCGAAGACUUCGAAGGAGACCUAACAGCUGCCAAUUCACGAAAUAGUGUAAUAUGGAAGCUUUCUUGAGGGUUUUUGUUUUGUUCUACUUCUUCCAUUAAGACUGGAAUCAAGCUUACAUGUAAACUAUUGGUAAUUUAAGUUUCCUUUUGUGUCAUACAAUGUAAAACUGUCUAAUUUGAAAAAAAAAAUAUGUAGGUUAUGAAAAAUAAAGAUUAGGCACUGUUGAA